AUGGAGAGUGGCAAUUGGGCAAUGAGCACUGAGUUGGAACCUAAACUACGACAUGCAAUAACGAGCAUGAUAGAGGAAUUAAAUGCUGCACACCAAAGCUUUGCUCAACUACAUAGUGGAUUCUUUGGAAUACCUCACGUGUUCUCCAUCGUCAAGCUUCUAGGUUCUCGAUCUUUGCCUUGGCUUAUUCGAGCUUUACUAGACCAUGUAUCAAAUAAGAUAACUACCCUUGAACCCAUGGUAACAGGACUGCAAGAAUCAUUGCCAAAAUCUAUUGGUCUACUUCCUUUUGAUGGAGGUGUGACAGGUUGUACGAGGCUUGUUAAAGAACAUCUUAACUGGCGGUCAAAAUCAGAACUCAAAGCAGAUGUUCUUCGUGGACUAAAGGAGAUUGGAAGUGUAUUAUAUUUGAUGGGGCUUGUUGAUAUUGUUUUGAGAGAAGUAAAUACCACUCAUUUCACGCAAAUUGCCCCUUGGUUGGGAUUAAUUCCUGGUGCGGAUGGGCAAAUAUUGCAGUCUCAAGAAGUGGGAGAUAGCCCUAUGGUCACUCUCUUCAAGUCGGCAACAACUUCAGUUGUGUCAGAUCACAGCUGCUCAAGUCCAGCAUCCUUUUACUGCAUAUCAAAACAGGCAGAAGCUGCUGACCUGUUGUACAAGGCUAACAUUAAUACUGGAAGUGUGCUGGAAUAUGCACUCGCAUUCACAAGUGCAGUGUUGGAUAAAUAUUGCAGUAAAUGGAGUGCUGCGCCCAAGACAGGGUUCAUUGACAUUACAACUUCAAAGGACUUCUAUCGCAUAUUCAGUGGACUCCAAAUCGUAAGAGAAAGUUUAAACUCUAAUGUUUUUCCUGAAUAA